AUGGCGAUUGACCAAACUUUGAGUGAGGUACCAGUAAACCUGUGCAGAUUAAAGGAGGACAUGAAAGAGUUUGAGCAGUUUUUAAGAAAAGUGGACAAUAUUCAAACAGAAAUAGAGUGUGAAUUAGACGAAAAAGAAUUGGCAGCUGAGAUCGAUUCGCACGGUGCGUGGCGGGACGCAGUUAAGAAGUCGUACCGUACAGCACAGGAACUUUUAGAAACACACGUGCAUAAAAAGGAGCCGUUGAGUCCUAGUGUUGGUGCGAAGGGGGAGGCGAAGUCAGUGGUGACAGGUCUGAGCAUCACAAAAGAUAACUAUAGUGCUGCUAUCAAGCUCCUGAGGGAGCGAUUUGGCAAUAGGGAUCGACUGAUAUUUUCCCAUAUCCAAGCCUUGCUGAAUGUUUCGCUACCGUCUCCGACUGUUCGAGGUUUGUGGUCCCUACAGGACACAAUACAGACACAUGUUAGAAAUUUGGAGUCCCUCGGUGUCAAUGGGGGAACGUAUGGUCUGUUUCUCACGCCACUCAUCUUGUCUAGACUGCCCAAUGAUAUCAGAAUGGAGUGGGCUCGAAAUGGUGCUGGGAAAGAGAGCGACUUGAUUGGUCUUUUGGAAUUUCUUAAAUUGGAAAUUCAACGUCGUGAACGAGCAGAGACAUUCAAAGACAUGAAUUUAUCAGCACAACCGAGUGCAUGUACAUCGCCUUCGUUGAGCAAGCAGACAGUUAAGCAACGAGUUCCUACUGCCUCAGCAAUGUUCAGCAGUGGGGAGAAUUCGAAUAGUGACAGUAACAACUGUGUGUUUUGUUCCAAAAAACAUCCGUCUGAUAAAUGCUGGGAUGUGAAGAAAAUAUCGCUUAGUGAACGCCACAAGUUGAUCAAGGACAGUGGAGCGUGUUUUCGCUGCCUUUUGAGAGGUCACCUGGCAAAAGGUUGCAUGGCCAGAUGUAGGGCUUGCAAAGGCAAGCACAAUGAACUUCUGUGUGAUCCGAGUAGGAGAGCUGCUCAGAAGAAUCCCUCCAAUUCAGGUCAGUCUGGGGCUGCAGAUCGGAACUCCAUGAAACCGGUCACAUCGCAUGUAGGUGUGUCCUGUUCUACCGAGGGGGUUUUGACUGUACCCCAGGUUGCCCGCGUCCUCGUUAAAGGCGAGAGGGGUUCAGCUGAAGCAACUGUUAUGUUCGACUCUGGGUCUGAUACCUCAUGUGUUUGUUCUGAAUUUGUAGAGAAAAUCAGUCCUAAGUGGGUGACUGCUUAA